AUGCCUUCGAAACAUGUUGCACAGAAAGAUCAUCCGACGGAUCAACCUCCGGUACCAAUACCCGAAUCAUCGGCAUUCAACGCAUUCACCCAGCAUAACAGCAGCUCGAUGGUUCCAGAUCGAUCGCCGCCUGCUGCCAACAUCACGCCACCCGAAAUCAUGCUCCAAAUCUAUUCUAUGCUGACACCGAGAGACUUUGAUAAUGCACGCCGGACGUGCUCUCAAUGGAUGAGAGUCAGCUUGAAUCGGGAUCUGUUGGAGAGCAUGUUGAAGCGAGCUGGGUGGUGGGGUGCAUAUCUGGAAGACUGCGAGAAGCAACGAGUUCGAUGCCGGCCGUCGAGUGAUGAGAGCGACGUGUGGAGGAUGAGCAAGCGCUUUGCAACCGAGUGCUUAUUGUCGGGACGGAAAGUGAGCAUUGAAAGGCCAGGCUUCGUGGCAUCUGAAAUUGUCAAUUUCUCAGGUCUUGCACAACGCCUCUCGAAAACCCGAUCAAUGCCUAUCCGAGACAAACAUUCACAUUUCGUGUCGACUUUUAGUGUCAGCAGCUGCAGCAAUUAUCUUCUUGUGACUACCGGAUGCAUGAUCUAUGUCUUUCAUCUUCAUGACAAGAAGACGAAAUCUGGGCUAGAAAAUACUGAUCUAGAACCGAUAUCGAGCAUCGAAUGUCCCUUUGAGGUGUUAUCUGCGACUCUAGAUACGACUACACCGCGGGUGGUCCUUGCAGCUUUACUGAGCAACCGUGUUGGGAUGGUCUGUGAUCUGGAUCUACCCAAGAACCCGCACAAGAAGCGAACUGCUUCACCAUCAGAUUCGACUCGAGCCAACUCAUCUAAGAAAACCUCCUCGCCACAUUAUUACUAUGACGUUUGCUCCGAAGACCACCCGCCACGAACAAUGGCCCUCUGUCCCGGACGCCGAUGCAUAGCUUUUGGCUGUGCAGGCGGCAUCGAAAUCCAUUGGGUCGACGAAAACCAACAAAGCCAACGAAGGCAUUUCCCAAUGCCUCAACCCUCCGAGAUCCUCCAUUUCCUCCCUCACACCCCCGAAGCUCCAAAGGACCUGCGACUCAUCUCAUCACUAGCCGGACCAGGUGUCCACGAGUGUGCAUGUCGCCAAUCUCCCUUGCCCGACCAUUCUAAAAAGUGCCAGUUCCACCUCUUAGCAGAUGUCAAGUCAUUCGGUCGCCGUGGCCCAUCUAAAUCCUCAAAUCUCAGUUUUGUCAGAGCCACACAUUGUCACCAUUACCGCGCUGUGCCCAUCAACGAUGGCUUCCAUAUUGUCUUUGUCGAGCCUCGCACAGGUCUCCUUUGCAUCGGAUCCGAUGCACCCAUUGGGGGUCCUACAAGUCUCACACGAGCUUUUGUCUGCGUACCCCCAUUUGGCAAAGAUGCCUCAGACAGCAUGAAAGAAGCUCGCGUCCCAACAGCCUUCGCCGUGGGCUCGGAUCUCCGAUGGGGCCUCCGCGUUGUAGCCGCAUACCAAGAUCGUAUCGUCUUAUAUUCCAUCCCACUCGAUGUAUUUAACGUCAUCCGCAAAGAGCGUGAACGACAAGGCGACGGCAUGAUGGGCAUCAGCGAUCUUGCGCGCGACUGGUUCGCUGACUCGGAGCGCUUCCGCAAGCGGCGGGAGAGUCUCGUGCAAAAUCCAAAUGGUGAUUGGGAGUUUCUUUUAAGUGUCAGUUAUCGGCCCACGGCAAUGAUGUGGCCUUUUAAGAUCUAUGGGAAGGAGAUAGGGCGUGUUGAGAAUGUCGUUGAGCUGGGGUUGCAGUCUUCGAAUGGCGGUGCAAGGGUUUGGGCUUUCAAUGCUUCAGGCGAAGGGACAAUUUUAGAUAUCGACACUUUUACCUCUGCAAAUCAUAGAGCUGACCGCCCCUGCAAGAUGGUUACUGUUGGCUCGGAUGGCAAAUUACAACCAGUACGGUCGCUCAUUCGAGCUGAUCUUCGUGCUUCGCCAUUGCGGGACUCAAGAAAGCGCAAGGCAUCGGUGUUACAAGACGGAUUCGUCGGCCGAUACGGAAUCAGUCGAUAUGUGCCCAGCACAGCGUUUGAUGGCCUCGAGCCAGCGAAUGCUUUUUCUGCUGGGAUGCAGAAGGAUGACUCUAUCCGCCGGCCUUCGUUCGCUGCUUGUAUAGUGGACUUUAAGAUCCCCGAGCUAGGAUCACGAGACGGUCCUUGGAGUGAGCGUCGCGAAUAG